AGUUUCCAGGUUCUUGAACUAAUGAACUACUGUUGCUGAUUUGAAAUUUUUAUAAUUAUGUUAUUUGAUGUUUCAUGCCUUUUUCAUAGUUGGAAUGUGAUAUUUAAUAGAUUAUAUUGCAUUGACAUUCUAUUGAAUUGGCUUUGUGUUUGAUCUUAUACACCGUAAUGCAGUUUUUGUCAAGUGGUUUUGUUGUGAUGCUUUUUCAUUAUGAUGGUAACGUUGAGGAGUGGAUGCAAUUUCAAUGGAAUGAUCUUGUCAUUUAUGUGUCUGCAGUCAAUCAAACAAAAUGGUGGUUCGCAAAGCGUUUCUUACAUCCUGAUAUAGUUGAUCAAUAUAGUCGCAUUCUUCUACGGGAUGAGGACCUUGGAGUUGACAAUUUCAAUCCUCAACGGUAUGUGUCCAUUGUUCGAAAGGAAGGGCUUGAAAUAUCACAACCGGCACUUGAUUUUUUCAAGACAGAGGUGAACUACAUGGAGAAACUUUCAAAAGAUGAGGGGAUUCAGAAGAAACUCAGCAAGGAUAUUUUGCAAUAUAAAGCUCAUAUAAUCAAGAUAUUUGUGGAACAUAGGCACAAUUGGAUCUCUGCAGAUUUAGAGUUUUAGA